AUGCAGCCCGUGACUGGGGAGGUGGCACGUCCUGCGAAUGGAUACAUGGAGCAGCAAGCCCUGGACGGGGCGGUACAAGCCAAAUUGGCGGCAGCUCUCGCGGGCUCAGCGACUCGUUUUUUCGUUGGCGUGCGGGGAUCAGGCCAGAAUAGAUCGGGGAAGAUCAGCGUGCAGAUCAAGGCAGACCCAGACAGGUGUCAGCUCGCGGCCGAGUGGCCCCUCUUGGCCGAACGCGUCUUGCUCCGAGGGUGGCAUGCGUGGCGCGCGCAGCACAUCGUGGUGAGCGGCACGUACACGUACGACAGCAUGCGCGUGGCCACCUACAACCCCAUGCACGCCGCGUACCACGAUAGGAUUAUUGACAUCAGUACUGCAUUAAAGGCUCUACUAGACACGUUCCCAGAGCAGCCCCUGUACGUAGACAACAUGUACGAGCACAUGCGCGCGUACCGCAUGCGCAUGUUGGGCAGGAGGAGGGAGCUGAGGGAAAAGAUGGUGGACUGCAAGGGGGAGGAGGAGUUUUUGGACGUCUGCGAGGAUCUUAAGGACGUCCCAUUUGCUAUCGCGACGGUGAGACAGCAGACGAUGACCAUGGAGACGUCAGACGGUACAUUAGACAUCAGGUCCACCACAGGAGAGCCUGGCCUAGAACGAGACAAGAAGGAGGCACGACAAGAGGGUGGAGCUCGAGGAAAGGGCGGCAAGGCGAAGGACGGCGAGAGCACGGACAUCAGGGAGGCCCUGGUCACCGUGCAGAAGCUCGUGUUGCGCAACAGCCAGGAGAACCGCGACAUGAUGAACGGCAUUUUCGACUUCUGGCUGGUCCCAGGAUCGUCGGCAAUGGUCACGGCAGGGGCCGACACAGGCCUCGACUACAACAACACGGUGAAGAGGUUGGGGAAGGGCCAUGGGCAGGGGCCGCCGCAUGUGCACAUCGCGAUGGCGGUGGUCGAGAAGGCGGUGGAGGUGCUCGACGAGCAAGACAAGUGGCAGGCGGAGAGCAAGCUCUUGCUCAAGGAGUGGGUCGGGGCGGCCAGCGGCGAGCACGGACAGAGGCUCGUGGACGCGACCUUCAGCAUGUUCAGGAUCAAGAAGGCCUACCAGCGCGAGUCGGACCUGGAGGAGAUGUACAAGGUCAUGUUCGGCAUCAGGCCGCUGGUCGACUUCAAGACGGCGCUGCGCUUGGCGGAGGCGCCCUCGGAGGUCAUCGCGCAGGUACGCCAAUUUCAGCCAGCGCUUCUUCGAGAGGCGCUGAAUCACGCGUGGUUCCUGCAGAAAGGGGUGAUGCCUAUGGGGGCAGGGCCGAAGACAGAGUUGGAGAGGGCAGUAGAGGCUCAGCUGAAGCAGCUGAUCAAACAGGGAACGCUGAAGAGAAUACGCUUCAAUUUGACAAUAUAUGACGAGAUGCCGCCCCUGGCGGCAACGGCGCGCCUCCCAGAGAGGCAGCAGGCCGAUGACUCGCACAUCGAGGACUUCCUCGCCGCCGCCGCCCGCCCGAAGUUCCACAUGCUGCUCGGGGCCACCCCGGGCGGCGGCGGGCGCCUGCUCUCGAGCGACUUCCCGAAGGAGCCGUGGCUCGACGCCUUGCGGCUCGACUUCGGCGCCGCCGCCGAGGCGCCCCUGCCGGCCCGCGGCCGCGGGAGCGCACGGCCGGGGGGCGGCGUGCGGAUCUUCGUGCACGAGGUGCCGGGCUGCGCGGGCGAGGCGGUGCUGCAGGAGUUCCUGGCCGCCGGGGGCUUCGGCUGGCCGCAGGCGCUGCGCCUGCACGCGGAGCACGCGGCCGCGGUGCACCGCGCGGCAAAAUUGGACUCCGGUGCGGUGGUUGCGGACGAGGCGGAGGCCACGGUGUUCUACAUCCCCGCUUUCUUCGGUCUGCUGGUCGAGCGCUUUCUCGACACCCAGGACACGGCACAUCUCAACUGUAUUUCUGAGACUUGGCAUGGCUUGCCCGAGCGGAUCUUCCUGCGGAAUGCUGGCUACGACCAUUUCAUCUCCGCAGGGACGUGCCACCCGUACUCCAUAUGCGGCACAAUGGAAUGCGACGUCACAGUCUACCACCCUUUCGCUGGCAACGUCAUGGUCCUGGCCGGAGGUGUCCGGGAUCUGGGCCACCCCGAUUUCGCUUUCGAGCCAGCGGCCAUGUACAGGUUGCUGAGAUUCAUCACGGUGCCGUUCCCCGUCGCGCUGGACUGCCAGCGGCUGGCGGACCUGGCCGACGCCUCCCACGAGCGGCCCGUGGCGGUGGCUUUCUUGGGCAGCGAGAACUGGUCAGGCUUCGGACUGCGCACAGACAGCGCCCGCAGGCCAGCCGGGACUGCCUGGCCGCGGGAGCUGCCUGUGAGCGGCCCCCUUGCCAGCGAGAACUCGCGCGCGCGGCGCAUCUUCCGGGAGAUGUACGCCGACGAGCGCUGGGGUGCGCACGGUGACCCGCGCGUGGACAUCCGGAUCCUCCCGGACGGCGGGAGCGGGGAGGCUGCGCGCGCUGCGGCCCUGGGAGCUGGUGGCAACGGCACGGGGUCGGGCUCCUCCGACGGGGCUAUCGGGGACCUGUACGCACGCUCCCAGUUCUGCCUGGUGCUCCCCGGCCACAUCUACGACCUGGGCCGUCGCGCUUACGACGCGAUGUCCCGCGGGUGCCUGCCGGUCAUCGUCGCCGUGACGCCCAUGCAUGUGAGCGUGCCGUUCGCGUGGCAGUUGCCCUGGCACGAGCUUGCCGUGUUCGCCACCGUCGAGACGCCGGAGGACGCCGCCCGCGUGGUCCGGGCCCUCGUGGCGGCCACCGAGAGCGAGGAGGGGCGGGCGCGCAUCUCCGAGAGGAGGGCGGCGCUCGUCGGGCACGCCCCGGAGCUAUUCUGGGCCCCCGCCGGCCGCCCCACUCGAACUGCCCGCCCAGCGCGCCGUCGGCGGCGGCUGGCAUCCUGCGCGAGCUGGCGGUCAG